AAUUUGAGACACUCUCUGUAUAUGUAUGUGUGGGCGUGUCUCUAUGGGCGGGGCUUAAUCGUCUUAAGGGCAGGUUGUUCGCGUCACCUGAACAGUGUCACAGUGACCAUCAGCGCGCGAGAGCACCUCCACAAACAGCAUGUCUUCGAGGCCUGUCGGGAGUCCUCCGCCCUAUGAUUAUCAUACAGAGGAUGGAUAUAAUGUUGCCCCACAGCCUGCGUAUUCGUACUAUCCCGACGACGAGUUCCAGCAUUUCUACCGCUGGACGUCUCCGCCGGGCAUCAUAAAGAUCAUGUGCGUCAUGUCGGUCAUCUUCUGCGUGGGCAUCUUCGUGUGCGUGGCCUCGACUCUGGCCUGGGACACGGAUGCAGGAGCGGCUGGGUUCGGUUCCUACGGCGGUUCCUACGGAGGAUCCUACGGCGGUUCCUACGGCAGUAACUACGGAGGUGGCUUCGGAGGAACCGGGUACGGAAUGGGCGGAUACGGAGGAUACGGUUACGGGAUCCUCGGCUCUCAGAACGACCCCAGGCAAGGGAAAGGUUUCAUGAUCGCCAUGGCCAUCAUCGCCUUCAUCGUUAUGCUCGUCAUCUUCAUCAUGAUCAUCUCGCACCAGAGAGUGGCUCAGGGAAGGAAGUUCUACCUGGCCGUCAUCAUCGUCAGCGCCAUCAUGGCGUUCCUCAUGUUAGUCGCCACCAUCGUCUAUCUGGUGACGGUGUACCCAAUGGCCCAGACGUCCGGAUCGGUUCAGUUCAAUCAAGUUUACGCCAUGUGCGCCGCUUACCAGCAGCCUCAGAUGUCGGGAGCGUUCGUGAACCAGUAUUUGUAUCACUAUUGCGUGGUGGAUCCUCAGGAGGCGAUCGCUCUUGUUUUGGGCUUCAUCGUCACCGCAGCCCUCAUCAUCAUCAUGGUCUUUGCCAUCAAGACCCGUCAAAGGAUCAAUUAUCACGGGAAGGACAACAUCCUGUGGCGCCGCGUCAAAGAAAUUAACGAUCAAAACUCACCGCAGGAUGUAGAGGAUUGGGUGAAUAAUGUGAACGGAGUACCCGAGCCGCUGCUGGCUGACUACCCCGUGAAGUUUGGGGGGUCUAGAAAUGAGUUGGAUGACAACAGCACUAACUACGACAAACCUCCCCACAGUGAGAGUCCUGUGGAGAUGGUGCACGAGGUGCCCGUCCGGAGCUCAGUGCCGCUGAGCAGCGGAUCAGAGAUGAACAGCUCUGUAGGACGGCCCAAGAAACGGCGCGCUGGACGCCCGAGGACCGCCGACGGACGAGAUCACGACACGGACUACGCCUCCUCUGGAGAUGAGCUGGACGACGACGACUUCUCCAGCGAAUUCCCUGCCAUUAUUAAUGAUGACGAGAGAGAUGAUUACAAACGCCUGUUUGAUCAAGACCAUCAGGAGUACAAGGAGCUCCAGGCAGAAAUGGACCAGAUCAACAAGCGUCUGGCUGAAGUGGACCAUGAGCUCGAUGAGCUUCAGGAGGGCAGUCCUCAGUUCCUGGACGCCAUGGACGAGUACAACGCGCUGAAGGACAGAAAGAGGAGCGGCGAGUACCAGGUGAAGAAGAAGCGCUGCAAGCACCUGAAGGCCAAGCUCAACCACAUCAAAAGAAUGGUGAGCGACUACGACCGGAGAUCCUGAAGAUCCUCUCCAUCGCAUUCGAGAAGAGCGAGCUCCUGGACGGCGUUGUGAGGGCACAGAUGUGCCGGCGUCUGUCCAGAUGUGUCGCCAUUUCUACUCGUGAGCUGGACGUUUGAUUGAUAAUGCGUGUAAAUAUUCAAGGCAUCCUGAAUUCGUAUUCACACUCGGUGCAGUUUUGAACCGGUUUGAAAAUAAGGUUUAACUAAUGGCGACAUUGUUUUUUUUCAAUUAGCUGUUACAGAAUUAGCAAGAACUUGGUGUUUCAGUACAGCUUGUUUGUUUGUUUGUUUGUUUGUUUCUUUCUUUUAUGUAGUUAUUCAGAAAUUUCUUUUAGUGGGUAAAAUACUGUGCCAAAUAAUUUACCAGGUGGGUGGUUUAACCUCUUGAUAACCAGUUGUGUAUAAAUCAAGCUGUGAUCGGUUACAGAUAGCCUUUUAAUAGGUUAGGUUAGUUUUUUAAGCUGUAUUUAUACCGUUUUAAAAACUUUUGCUGGUAUGUAAAUAUGUAAUUUAAGUGUUUGAUUUCUUUCAAUGUUUUUGACAACUAUUAAUAAAAUCAUUUUUAUAAUGCCGUAAUAAAUGCGACUUACAUUUA